AUGCCUAUUUCUCCCAUCAUAACGUUCAAGGCCGGUCAGUGCGAAACGCAGAACGGCGACCGGCCGGCCAAGGUGAAGCCCCAGGAACAGCCUGGCUACAUCUACCUCUACUCCGAAGAUGAUCUGGUACACUUUUGCUGGCGGAAGCGGAGCGACCCGUUGGACGAGCCCGAGCUCGACCUGGUGAUGGUGCCGACCGACGGAAGCUUCGUCCCCUACGAGUACGACGCGGAACACCCCACGUCCAAGACAAACGGCCGCAUAUUCGUGCUGAAGUUCGCGUCGUCGUCCCAGCGAUACCUGUUCUGGUUGCAAUCGAAGCCACAGAGCCGAAACGGCGAUGCGGGCUGGUUCAGCCCCCGAGACCGCAAGAUAGGCGACAUCGUCCACCGCCUGCUUCAGGGAGAAGAGGUCAACGUGGCCCGGGAGCUCGCAGCUGUCCGCAACGUUGACGACCGACGAGACGAUGACGAUGACGAGCCCAUGGAAGACGUCGAGGGUACGCGGGGCCCUCACAGCCACCGCGGUAGCGGCAGCGGUGGUGCGGGUCCGGACGCGACAGGAGGAGAUGUCAGAGAAGAGGGCGAGGAGUCGAGAGAAGGCGGCGCUGAUGGUGCAAGAGCUGCCUCCUCGUCAGCCCCGGACGCCGCCGCCGCGGUAAGAAACUUUCUCGAAUCACUUCGUGGUCAGCCCGGACUCGCUGGAGGCCAGCAGCAGCAGCAUGCCGACCUGCCGUAUCCCUACCUCAACCAUCUCCUCCCGACCUCCGUCACGGUCGCCAUGGUGGAUGCUGCCUCUCCUGAGCUUGCGGACACCCUCCUCGGCUGCCUGCCCCCGGCUGUCAUGGUGCUCGCCACGGGCGUGUCCGACUUUGAUGGCAAGGCGGAGCCGACGGCCGAGGCCGUCGAGGCUGCCAAGGCGUCUCUCUCGCUGGAGGACAAGCGCAGCUUGCUGAGGAAGGUUGUGAGGAGCCCGCAGUUCCACCAAGCUCUAGGGAGUCUUACCAUGGCGCUGCGAGAUGGAGGGCUGCCGGGCAUUGCAGACGCAUUGCAUAUCAAGGUCGAGAACGGUGGCUACAUCCCGGACAGCGGCAUGCCCCUCGGUGGCGGGCACGCCGUCAAGGCGUUUGUGGAGGGCGCGAAGAAGACAGUAAAGGACGAGCAGGCUUGA